AUGUUAGGUUCUGCAAACCCUCAAAUCAAUACCAUUGGAUGCCUCGUGGUAGCGCCGUCGAGCGUUUCAUCGAUAUUUUCAACUGGUGGAAAAAAUAAUGAUAAAUGGUGCCUAGAACUUGCUAUUGAAAAGGAAAACAAUGAAUCAGAAGAGUAUUCAUGGGUAUCCUUACAAUUAAAGCUAUGUAAUGUAAAAAAUUAUGUCCGGGCGAAAUUUUUCUUCUUUUUUGUGAAUUCUCAGAAGGAGAAAAUAAUGACUGACUUUGAGGCCUACCACCACCCAGUAGGAGAUGAGUAUUUAAUACACUGUCGUUUCUCCAAGUUUCGGAUUUCUAAUAAGUUUGCCCGUUUCGUAAAAAUAGACAAUUUGUUCGAAAAAAUCAUUGAAUGGUCUCAAAAUGAUGCUUUAACAAUUGGUGUUGAUUUGACUGUCUACGAUGAUUAUGUACCAAGCGAUCCUUCGCUAACUCCAUUGAAAGCGCCCUCGCGGUCAAUAGGUGACGACUUCAAAGACCUUAUUGCUGCUAAGAAGAAAUGCGAUGUCAAAAUUAAAGUUGGUACUGAAAUAUUUGACGCUCAUAAGGUCAUUUUAAUCGCACAAAGUUGUGUAUUCGAUGGUAUGUUUUCACACAACAUGAAAGAGAGCGAAGAAAAUGAAAUAACUAUUCCAGAUGUUGAUCCUGUAGUCUUCAAGAAAGUUUUUGAUUACAUCUACACAGACAAAGUUGAAGAUCUGGACACUUUUGCUGAGGAAUUAUUAGAAGCGUCUGAUAAGUAUCAGCUUCUUGCGCUUAGAGAAAUCUGUGAAGAGUCGCUAUCAAGGACUAUAUCUGUUGAAAAUUCCAUCAGAAGAUUGGUUCUAGCUGAUCGUCAUAAUUCGGAAAGAUUGGUGGAUGUUGUUAUCAAGUACGUAGUUUCCAAGUUGGCUAGUUUGAAAGAUACUGAAGAAUACAAAGCACUGGAAGAGUCUUAUCCAGCUUUGUUUUUGGCUGUACUCAAGGAACACGUCAAUAGAUUUGGAAUUGAUAAAUGGUAUGUUGCUGUUAUUACUUUGAAAGAUGAGGGGUGGAAACUUAACCGUGCAAAUUACUACCAGGAAGGGUGGCUAGCUACUGGAAAUGCUCGCGGUUUAGUCGGAGUUACCUUCACGACAUCACACUGUCGGACGAGAAUUACGGAAAAUCCACUGAGAGCCAAUUAUAACUUACGUGGACAUCAAAGUGAGAGGAAACUAUCGAGGGAAGAAUACCGUUGCCAAAAAUAUAUGGACUUUAGGGCUAGUAAAAGUGAUGACGCGACGAUAAGGAAAAUGUCGAGCAAUAAAGUGAUAUUGGAGAUGAGUAAGAGUCUCGUUAGCGCUGAUGGUUCUAGAUCGACUGUCAUGAUUCGUGAUGAAGUCAUUAAUGUGAUUCUCGUAAAAUGGAACGAGCCGUAUCAAAAACUGGCAUCUUGCGACAGCUCGGGCGUGAUAUUCGUAUGGAUAAAGUACGAGGGUAGAUGGAGCAUCGAAUUAAUCAACGAUCGGAGCACCCCUGUCACGCACUUUUCGUGGUCCCAUGACGGGAGAAUGGCGUUAAUAUGCUAUCGGGAUGGAUUCGUCUUGGUAGGAAGUGUGGGAGGUCAAAGAUACUGGUCUUCAAUGCUGAACGACCAAGCGACAAUCACCUGCGGAAUCUGGACCCCAGACGAUCUACAGGUUUACUUUGGAACGACAUCUGGCCAAUUAAUAGUGAUGGAUGUCCACGGUGCGAUGGUGUCGGAGGUCCAGUUAUCAGCAGGAAUCACCUCGAUGGCCUGGAGUGCCCAGAAGUUCAGGAUGGAGGAAGGGGACCUAGAAGACGAUGAUAUCUGCGGAGUUCAAACUCAACCAGAUGAACGAACCUAUGUCCUAGCAGUGUGUCUGACUGAUGGCAACAUCGUGAUGCUUCGUUCUUAUGACGACUUGUCGCCAAUCACGAUAAAAACCGGCCUCAAAGCGCCGUUGUUUGCCGAAUGGAGCAAUUCUAGAGAGUUGUUAGCCAUAGCGGGUACCAAGGAGUCGGAGACUUCUAUAGCUAACCCGCCUGAGUACAAUAAUCUCCUGAAGUUCUAUUCCUUUACCGGAACGCUGAUUUACACGACGACCAUUCCGUACACUCAGGGACAAGUGUCAGCACUAACGUGGGGUCACAAUGAUUGGCGACUAUUUAUCGCUACAGGAGCAAAAGUUCACGCAGCCUGGGUCUCGAGGAAUGUUGGAUCGCUACAACUGCUAGCAACUCUUGCUGUAAGAGCAGCGCUGACGCGAGAGUCUAGUGUCCAACAGCUGCCAUUGCCACGCAGGUUGAGAGCUCCUGUGGCAGCGCUUUUUGCGAGUACAAUCAGAUCUUGCGUACCAGAACCACGUGAGCUCCGUAAGUUCGUGUCUCGACCGCCACCUGGUGGAGGAAGGCUCCACUGCACAAUGCUAAGACACGCCGGAGAACCGGCGCCAUGCUACACCCUGUACCUCGAGUACCUUGGCGGACUGGUUCCGUUGUUAAAAGGACGUCGGACCAGCAAGAUUCGCCCGGAAUUCGUGAUAUUUGAUCCCCAAAGCCAGGACACUCUCCAAAUUCCUGAUUACUCGUUCCCGUCAUUCAGCGACAGCUCCGAUACCGAACGAGAUACCGCCGAACUGUGUGGUUCCCCGAGGAACAGGAGGAAGAACCGGAGAAAAAAGGAUGACAAGUCCAAUGACGAGUCCGAUGUUUUGACGUAUAUUGACACUUUGCCGGAGGAUGGACGACUAGUAGAAGUGACGUCUAACAUUUGGGGCACCAAGUUCAAAAUACACGGUCUAACGGAUUCAGUGCCCGCAAAUCUAGGUCAAGUUACUUACAGGACAUCCCUGCUGCAUUUACAGCCAAGACAGAUGACCCUUGUGAUUACUGAGCUCCGUGACGAUUUACCAGCAGGCCCAGACCCGUCUUUCAACCCGAACCUCUUCUCCGAAGACGAGGAAGAGACUUUCUCUGAGCCUCAAGGUGCAAGCCGGCCAGUAGACAUUCCAGCACCACCAGCGCCACCAAUCGCUCCAAUGACAUCUCGCGGUACAAGGUUAAACCCCGCUCCUCGCCCAAAGUCCCAGUUAUCCAGCCAAUCCCAGUUCAUCUCCAAUCCAGAAGUCCCGCCUGAGAACUUUCCCUUUGACGAAGACUUUCCCUACGUCGCGAAUCACUUCCAUCAUCAAAACAUGCUAGAUUUUUGCGAGAAUCUGCGUGCUACUUCAAGCAACUACAGAUCAUCCCGCCACCAACCUCGUUGCUGCGAUGUUCCGGCGCUGCAGUCGCCUAAGAAUGCUGUGGCGCCCACCCAAACUUUAAUCGCGACUUCUAACUCCAGCAGCGACUACUCUGGUAACAUCCAGAGGGUAAAGACAUCGCUCAUUUCUGAACAGUCCAGUAUUCGCAAGGAAUUGGAGAUCAACAAGAUCAAUCAAUUAGAUGACAAGAAUGUGGCUGCUUCCUUGCCUACUUCAAGAUGUCAGACGAAUGGUGGCUCCACGUCUCCAAUUUACGUGAAUUUUUCUGCGAGCAACGGGAGCUUUGUUCACACCAAGCCGAGUUCUCAUCAGAAAGGAAAGAAUCUCCGAACCUCUGGCGCCCAAAAUGGCAAGACUGAAAGGGAAGAGCUUCGCUUUAUCGACGAAGAAGCGGUUGCUAAAGAACCUGAAUUGAGAAGUGUCCAUAGGACACCUACGGUGGUUAGCAUUGGACCCAUCAACCCAGUUCUGGACCCAAUGGUCAGAAGUUGCAGUGUCGGGUACUUGGAUCUGGUUGAUGCGCAGAUGGUUCCUUGCGAAGUGGCUCUCAAGAUGCUGAGGAAGGAAGCGCCAAAUAAGAGACUGGUCCUGGUGUCCAGGAAGACCAAGAGGAGGAAGAAGAAGGCUCAAGAGGGACAAGCAAGGCCCAGGUUAAGAACUUGCGGGAAAUCGAGAAGCUUGGACUCUAGUGAUAUGUUCCCUAGCACGGAGCAGAUUCUUCCGGUUAAGUUGCUGGAGCAUGUUGAAGAGAUAGAGAAGAGAGAGGAGUUGGGGACUAGCAAGGAGGAGGACAAGAGGGAGGAGAAGGUUCUGAAAGAAACGGGGGAUACCAAAUCCAGUGAUUCAUUGUCGUCCUCGCUGGAUGGUCUAGCAGCGAGGCUCAGAGACUUUGAUGACACCAAUUCACUACCGCCCCCUUCACCCAGGCCGAACAUUCGGUUACCACGAAGCUCUCCGAGCAGUCCAGCACCGACGAAAAAAGGAAAACGGCCUGCCUCUGCUUCGCCUAUCAGGAGGAGGUUGUUGUCCAGUCCGCUGUUGAACAGACGGACCAGGAAAAACCGCGGGGAGAGCUCUGAUGAUGAAGGGCCCCAGGAUGACAGUUCUAGCAGGAGUUACAGGAAUUUAGAAACUUUCCAAAAGGCUCAGCUUCGACAAAAGUUGAAACACCGAGGCAACGGAGUACUGGCCAACAAACCAGAAGAACUCGUGAUGCACAACAAAGCUCCCAUGUGGAACGAAUCAAGCCAAGUUUAUCAAUUAGAUUUCGGCGGUCGGGUCACCCAAGAAAGCGCCAAGAAUUUCCAAAUCGAGUAUCGUGGAAAGCAGGUCAUGCAAUUCGGACGAAUUGACGGAAACGCUUACACUCUGGAUUUCCAGUAUCCAUUCAGUGCUCUCCAAGCAUUCGCAGUCGCCCUUGCAAAUGUCACUCAACGGCUUAAGUAA